CGGGCGCUGUGCGGGGGGUCUGAAACAGCCCAGCUGGCGCCUCCAAGGGGUGUUUCUAGAAGCUCCAUCUCUGCUGCCUCCCCUCCUCUUUGGAUUUUGGUUUUUACCCGGGCCAGGAGCUGCUGCAGCUCCACAGCGUCCGCCCUCCGAGGGGUCCAGUGCCACCGACGCCGCUUCCUCCCGGCUGUCCCGAGCGUUUGAUCCCCCAGCACCCCGGUGUCGCGGAUGCUCUUGUACCAGGGCCGGGGACUCCCCACCCUUCCGCGCGACCCCGCGCCAGGGCAGGCGGUGCUUGCGGCGGGCAGGGGCGGGCGGCGGAGCUGGGACUCAACCGGGGGUAGUCGCCUCCUCUGCAUCCUACCAGAGCAUCCCUGAGCCGGACCUCAUCCUCCGCCUCUGCCUCCGCACCUGCCAGCCUCCGCCUCCCGCCGCCCGUCGCCCUCUUGCCUCCCCUCCGCCUCGCCCCCGGUGGCUCUGCCUCGGUGGAGCCCGGAGGGGGCCUGUGGCGCGUCGGCCGCCCGCUCUGCUAGGCUCUGCCCGGAGGCGUGCAUGCCCCUGCUGCCCGCCGCACUCAUCAGCAGCAUGCUCUAUUUCCAGAUGGUGAUCAUGGCAGGGACGGUGAUGCUGGCAUACUACUUCGAAUACACCGACACGUUCACCGUGAACGUGCAGGGCUUCUUCUGCCACGACAGCGCCUACCGCAAGCCCUACCCGGGCCCGGAGGACAGCAGCGCCGUGCCCCCGGUGCUCCUCUACUCGCUGGCGGCUGGCGUCCCCGUGCUUGUGAUAAUAGUUGGAGAAACUGCUGUGUUUUGCCUACAAUUAGCCACAAGAGAUUUUGAAAACCAGGAAAAAACCAUUUUAACUGGAGACUGUUGCUAUAUAAACCCACUGGUACGCCGAACUGUACGAUUUCUUGGAAUUUAUACGUUUGGACUAUUUGCAACUGAUAUCUUUGUGAAUGCUGGGCAAGUUGUUACAGGAAACCUGGCUCCCCACUUUCUGGCCUUGUGUAAACCCAACUACACAGCACUUGGAUGUCAGCAGUAUACACAGUUCAUCAGUGGGGAGGAAGCUUGCACAGGCAACCCAGAUCUCAUCAUGCGAGCCAGGAAAACAUUUCCAUCUAAAGAAGCGGCCCUCAGUGUCUACGCCGCCGUGUAUCUGACGAUGUACAUUACGAACACAAUCAAAGCCAAAGGAACCAGACUUGCUAAGCCCGUUCUAUGCUUGGGAUUGAUGUGUUUGGCCUUUCUUACUGGACUCAACAGGGUAGCAGAAUAUCGAAAUCACUGGUCAGAUGUGAUAGCAGGCUUUCUAGUUGGGAUAUCUAUAGCAGUAUUUCUGGUUGUGUGUGUGGUAAAUAAUUUCAAAGGAAGACAACCAGAAAAUGGGCACAUGCACAUGGACAGUGUGGCCCGGAUGCCAAUGAUCAACAUUCCUCGGGUAGAAAGCCCUUUGGAAAAGGUAACAUCUGUGCAGAACCACAUCACUGCCUUCGCGGAAGUCACAUGAUAUUGAAGCAGAUGGAGUUUCUCUACACUGGACAUCAUCCCUUUUUACCAUCCAUUCAUAGCAAAAUUUAUUUGAUUACAAAAGAAAUUUAUAAAGUUGUCUGAUAAUUUUUUAUAAUUUUAAAUUCAAUAGCACCCUGUUUUCCCCACUAGACUGUGAGCUCCUCCAGGGCAGGACCAUGACUUUCUUCUCUGGAUCGCCCAUGCCUAUUGCAAAGCCUAGCACAAAGCUGGUGUUCAAUAAAAAUGAGAUGAUCAAAUGAACAAACUAAUUCUUAAAUAAAAUGUUCACCUUAGUCCCUCAAAAGAAUCUCUGUGACUAUAUGGGAAAAACAAAAUAAAACAAAACAAACUAAAACAAAAAAACCCUCUACAUGGGUUACAUUUGUAUUUAAAAAGAAAAACCCUCUAUUUUUGACCAGUUAAGCCCUUUUAAUUUUUCAUAUAUCUAUUCAUCACUAUAGCAUAUUUAAUUUGAAGUGGAUUUUGAAAGUCAUGGGGGUUAUUUUAUUAUUCAGAAUGACAUUAUUUCUAUUCUAACAGAUUUCAAUGUGUGAAACCACUUUCCUUUUAGAAAGACUGUCCUAUACUAAAAUAUCUGCUCAUUAUAUUAUAUUAUAUUAUAUUUCACUUAAAAUACCAUUCAUACUGCGUAUUCUAAGACUGGUGCUUCUGCUUUUAAAGGGGGAAAAUGCCAAUUUUUACUGUAAUAAGUAAUGUAUCAUAAUUAAAAUUAUUUAUUUGGACUUUCUCUCUGACGGUUGUGGUUUAAUGGUUGAAUUGCUGUUUUCGGAUGCAGGCAAUAUUCAGAAUAGAUUAGGGUAAAUCCAGCCAUGAUACCUUAUGAUUAAUUAACUUCUCAUCACUAACAGUGUUUCAAGAGUGGUUAUACUCUACUCUUAGAUGUUCUGGUCCUGAAUUCACAUAAUUUAAAUGGGAACAAACCACAUCUGAACUUAUUAUUUAAAUUAUGCAAAUUUUAGAAGUAUGAUUAAAAUGUUUUGCUUUAUAAUUGUAGAGGACUUUAAGCACAAAAUGUAUUUACAUUUAUUUUAUCAUUCCAUCCUCACAGUAACCCUGUGCAAAUGUUAAAAGAUGGCUUUAUUUUACAUAUGGGAAAAGAAAGGCCAGGACAAAUAAACAACAUACCCAAUCCUGCACUAGUCAAAGGGGGCACUGAAAUUUAAAUUCAGAUUUAUCUUGAACUUCCAUUUUUCUCAGCUAUGCCACAGCUGCCUCAAUGUUUGUGACACUGAGCCACUUCAGAGGCCAUUAGAGUCCUGAGCAACUACCUAUGUUUAUAAAAAAAAUGAAGAAAUGCCAACAUAGGGUUAGGAAAGGUCUACAGUAUUUUAAAUGUUUACUGUUUAUGAAUGAACACUUUUCAAAUAUAGAACUAUCUAUGAUUCUAGUUCUAAUUCUCUUGGAAAAAAAAUGGAGACCCAAUAUCUGGAUUAAGUAUCUCACUCUUACACUCCAGCUGCCUUUCAGAAAAGGGGCUGAGGGACAGACUUUGCAGUAAGAAUGUGGAAUUAAAGAUGAGAGAACGCUGGAACAUAAGGAGGAUGAACAUACACUUUGUAGCCUUCAAACCUAACCCAAGGCACUUUUACUUAUGUGAGCAGAAAUUAAUUUUAAAAAGUUUCUAGUCUUCAAAGGAAGUGAAAGUGGACUUUUUUACUUUACUCUAUUUCAUCAGAAGUCGGCAAAUACAUAAAACCAAAGACUUGUCCCUUUCAUCCAAAUGGAUAUUAUUUGAAGGAAUCAAAACAUUCCUACUUAAGAGAAGGAAAUUCACAUUUCUAAAAGUUUCAGACCUCUAUACAGAAAUUCCAUUCUUUAGGAAAUUUGGAAUAAACUUUGAAUGUCUUGGUAUUCUUCAAAGACAUUGCUUCAGGAAGCAGUAAUUAACUUCCUAGGGCUGGAAGUGAAAAUAAUGUCAGAGAGGACAGGGUGACUGGUAAAGCUCUGUAACUGGUUAGUUCAACUAGUUCUACAUCUACUUCAAAAGGACACAAACAGGCGUAGUUUACACACUGGAGGCCUUAGAUGUCCAAGUAUGUCAAAGUCAUUGAUGUAUCUUUGCACCUUGCUAAACCUGGUCUGAAUCAGGAGUUAUAAAUAAAAUGAAACCCAACAGAUUUAAUCCAGGAUCAGAGUAAAGUCAUUUCUAAUAUUUAAGCAUCAUGGAACUAAGAUUGUGCAAUGAAUGUGAUAAAAUACUGGAAAAAUAAAGGAUGCAUGUAAAUAGAGCAAAAACCAGCAAGGAGCACUUUACCAUGAGCUGUUACUGAAAAUAAUGAAAAAUAAUACAGUUAAGAAAAUAUUAACAUGGGGGCUGGAGCUGGUACCCAGUGCUGAGUACUCGCCUAACAUGCACAGGCUCUGGGUUCAGUCCCCAGGGCCUGAAAAAAGAAAAUAUUAAUAUUAAUAUGUAAAUAUGUACUUACAUAGACUAGUAAAAGCAGGUAAUCACAUAUCUUUCUGAUAAAGAAAUCUCCUUUUUAUCCUACUUGGGGCCCAGGUCAGUGUAAAUUGUUCAUGCUGAAAUUUUCAGUAGUCUUUGUGUGCAUGGCAGAAAUUCUGCACAAGUUUUAUCUGAUUCCUAAGAUAACUUACAAGGCUCUUUUAUGUUAAAAGAGAGGUGAACCUUCUUUGGCAGACUUUGUCUAUUCAACUUCUAACUGGGCCUCUCUUUUUCUCAGGAUCUACCCUAGCCAAAUAUCUCAGUUACAUUUACCAUAGUUUCUUUGUGAAAGAGCAGUG